UGAUCUGAAUGCGAGAACUGAUGGAAACAUCACCUGCAGUGUGAAGAACCACGUCAGUCACGGACAGAAGAACGUUAGACUCAAACCCUGUCCUGGUCUGGAUCAGUUCUGCAGGUUUAAUCAGUCUGAUAUCUGUUACGCAGCUCUGGGACACAAACUCAAUCUGCUGAUGGUGCAGAACACUUGUGAAUAUGACACGACGAUACAAAAGAAUAUAAACUACAACAGAACAACUGAUCCAGUUUGUAGAGUAAAGAAUGACACGAUGAGAGUUUGUGAUCUUUAUAGUAACAGACCUGUUACAGUCAUUAAUGGGACUCUGAUAAUAAACCGUGUGAUCAGAGCAGAUUCAGGGAAUUACACAGUAAGUUUCUCUCGCUCAGACGGCACAGUCACAUCUAAAGAUCUUCAAGUAAAUGUUGAAGCUCCUAUUGGCUCAGUGGAAGUGUCCAUCAGCUGCUCCUCCAGUGGGGUGAUGAGGGCGUCCUGCUCCUCUGAGGGCGAUCAGCUCCUCUACAGCUGGACUCUGAAUGGAGAUCCUCUGAUGGAUGGAGGCUCCAGCUUUGAUCUGAAUGAGAGAACUGAUGGAAACAUCACCUGCAGUGUGAAGAACCACGUCAGUCACGGACAGAAGAACGUUAGACUCAAACCCUGUCCUGUCUUAAGUUUUUCUCUGAUUGCUUUGGGCUGUGUUGCGCUGAUCCUGAUUCUGCUGUUCAUCACCUUAUAUCUCAUUUACAAGAAAAAACAGGUCAAGUCGACACCAGCCACUGCUGGCAGUGUGGAUGUCAUAUACGCUGAUAUCUCUCAUAAGGACAAGAGUGAAAGAGUGAAAACAGAAUCACUCCCGACUGCUGAUGUGGAAUACAUUGAAAUCCAAAUGCAGAAGAAAAGGAAGGAGGAAGAGGUUCAGUACGGUGAGGUGAUGUUCACUCUAAACCACUCAAGCACUCACACACGGCCUCAGGAGGAGUGUAUUUAUUCUCAGGUACACAGAUGAUAGUUUCACAACAACAGCUUUAUAAAAUCACACUUUCCCUGGGAAAUUAGUGCUUACUUACGCUUAUGUUUCACUUGGGGUGUUGCACAGUUUAUAUUAACCACAUAUCUCUUUGCAUAUGCACUGUAAAUUGUUUUGUCUGACAUGUUAAUGAAAGCAC